AUGGCACGUGGAGCACUCCACUGUUUGGACGCAGCAUGCAACAAGACGAGAGCGCUGCCCAAGGCCGAGCACAUCGUCGUCGUGGGCGCCGGCCCCGCCGGCCUCGCCGUGUCUCUCGGACUACACAGAAAAGGGGUUCGCAGCGUGGUGCUGGAGUCGUCGCCGGCGCUGCGGGCGUCCGGGUACGCCAUCACGACGUGGAGGAACGCCUUCCGCGCGCUCGACGCCCUCGGGGUCGGCGACAAGAUCAGGAAGCUCCACCUCCACAUCCAGGGGCUACGUGUCUUCUCUUCGUCCACGGGAGAGAUUGCACACGAGCUGGACUUCACGGCGCAGGAGAACGGAGGACCCCAUGAGACCUGCCGCGUGAGGCGUGACCUGCUGCUCCGGGCCAUGGAGGAAGAGCUGCCACCAGGCACCAUCCGGUACUCCUCCAAGAUCGUCGCCAUCGACCACGACGUCGGCAGCCACACCAAGGUCCUCCAUCUCGCGGACGGCUCAACUCUCAGGGCAAAGGUACUGAUCGGAUGCGACGGCGUCAACUCCGUGGUGGCGAGAUGGCUGGGGCUCGCGAAGCCGUCCUACUCGGGGCGCCUGGCAACCAGAGGCCUCGCGCGUUACCCUGACGGCGGCCACGGUUUCCAGCCUGAGUUCCUGCAGUUCAUCGGCCAGGGCUUCCGUUUCGGCUUCGUGCCCUGCGACGAAUCCGACGUCUACUGGUUCUACACGUGGUGUCCCUCCCAAAACGACAAGGGUGUCGACGAGAGCGCCGCCACGAUGAAGCAGUACGUGCUGAACAGCCUGAGGAGCUCCAAGGUGCCCGCGGAGGCGCAGGAGGUGGUCGAGAGGAGCGAGGUGAGCGACGCGUCCGCCGCGCGUCUUCGGUUCCGGUCGCCGCUCUCGCUCGUCUUCGCGAGCAUCAGCAAGGGGAACGUGUGCGUCGCCGGCGAUGCUCUGCACCCGAUGACGCCGGACCUGGGGCAGGGCGGCUGCUCGGCGCUGGAGGACGGCGUCGUCCUGGCCAGGUUGCUCGGCGAAGCCGUUCUUGCGGAGGAGGACGGCAUGGAGAAGGAGAGGCUUGAGUGGGCUCUGUGCAAGUAUGCCAGGUUAAGGCGGUGGAGAAGCAUACGCCUUGUCGGGACCGCCUACAUGGUCGGCUUCGUGCAACAGAGUGGCAAUCCGAUUGUCAGCUUUCUACGGGAGAAUGUACUGGCCGGAGUGCUCGCCAGAAGUCUGCUGAGAAUGGCGGACUACGACUGUGGCACGCUCUGAAGCAUGUUGGGCCGGUGGCUAAUUUGCUGAUCAUAUAUGGGUGUGACUAUCUGAGAGUUAAGUUCGUUUUCAGUCAGAUGAUGUCAUCAAUUUUAGUUGCAACUUAUAUUGUAACUGAUGACUAACAUAAAUCACGGUAUAAAUUGAAUGGUAUAGAAUUUGACUGA